UAGCUCGCUCUUUGUAAUCCGGGAGUGAACGCCAUUUUCACUCGGACCUUUUAUCAGGUGACACAGCUUCUAAAGGAGGGAAACAAAAAUCCUAAAAUGUCCAGAUCGAAAUCGUUUCAUGUGUUGUGCAUGGAUGUUGGGCUUUCCAUGUCCAACUCGGCACCGGGUGAAGACUCUCCAUUUGAACUCUCCAAACAAGUCAUUCAGAAGUUUGUCCAACGUCAGGUGUUUGCUGAGGUCAAGGAUGAAUUGGCUUUGGUUCUGUUUGGCACAGACUCGACCAGGAACCCACUGGCUCAAGAUGGACAAUACCAGAACAUCACUGUUCAUCGCAACCUGAUGGUACCCGACUUUGAGCUUUUGGAGGAGAUCGAGAAUCAGGUCCAUCCGGAAAAUCAACAGGCGGACUGGUUAGAUGCUCUUGUUGUCUGCAUGGAUCUUCUUCAAACUGGAAUAAAGGGGAAACGUUAUGAUCAACUCAACAUUUACUUCCUGAGUGACCUCAGUGUUGAAGCAAACUCAGAAGAGCUGGACGUCAUUGUUGAAAACCUGAAACAAGUUGACAUAACGCUGCAGUUCUUUUUACCCUUCUCUGCUGAAGAGGAAUCAGUGGAUGAAGCAGGCGAUGCGGGAAGAGGGGGUCCCGGUGCAAGAGGCUCGGGUAAAGGCUUGUCCAGGGAACAGAAGACUGGACUGGAAAUGGUCAAACACAUUAUGCUCAGCCUGGAUGAGCAGGAUGGUCUCGAUCAGAUUUACACACUCAGGAAUGCUAUUGAGGGGCUGUGUAUGUUCAAGAGGACUGAGAGACGACCCACGGCGUGGCCCUGUCAGCUGACCAUUGGCAGUGCUCUCUCCAUUCGCAUCGUUGGCUACAAAGCUGUGACUGAGGAGAAGCUCAAGAAAACGUGGCUCACAGUGGACGCACUGAGCCACAAGAGAGACCACAUCAAGAAAGAAACGGUCUACUGUCUGGAUGACGACAACGAGACAGAGGUGCAGAAGGACGACCUAAUCCAAGGUUUUUGCUAUGGAAGCGAUAUUGUUCCCUUCUCGAAAGUGGAUCAAGAGCAGAUGAAAUACAAACAUGAUGGAAAGUGCUUUGCUGUUUUAGGAUUUACCAACCAAAACCUGGUUCCUCGUCACUCCUUCAUGGGAAUUCAGACCAUCAAGAUCUUUGCGCCAGGCGACGAUCAGCAUGCUGGGGUGGCACUGUCCGCUCUCAUCCGGGCGCUGGACGAGCUCAAAAUGGUGGCCAUCGUUCGGUACGCCUACAACCGGCAGUGCAACCCUCAAAUAGGAGCAGCUUUCCCUUGUAUCAAGAUGAACUAUGAGUGUCUUAUAUAUGUCCAGCUGCCCUUCAUGGAAGACCUCCGGCACUUCACAUAUACUUCCCUGAACUCCAAGAAAUUCAGCCCCUCAGACACACAGUUGCAGGCUGUCGACUCUCUCAUCGACUCCAUGAUGUUGGUGGACAAAGAUGAAGAUGGAAACCUAAAAGACUUGUUCAAAGUCCACCACAUUCCCAACCCUGCGUUCCAGAGGCUUUACCAGUGCCUGCAUCAUCGAGCCGUCAACCCCGGCACAGCCCUUCCCCCAAUAGAACCUUGGCUGGUGGCUGCACUGGACCGCCCGGAUGUCAUCAAGGAGCGUUGUGGAGUGCCACUAGAUGAGGUGAAGAAGGUGUUUCCUCUCAAAGUGAUGGAAAAGAAGAAGCCACUGAAAACUAGUGCUGAGAUCUUUGGAAAAGACUCUGAGCAGCCAGAUGCUAAGAAGGCAAAGGGAGAUGCGGCAGAGGAGGAUGAGGGGGAGGAGUAUAAUCUGGCUGACAUUUCUGAAGGCUCUGUUACUUCGGUCGGGAGCGUAAAUCCCGCCCGUGACUUCCGCAUCCUGAUCAAGCAAAAAACGCUUCCAUUCCAAGGGGCCUGUGAGCAGCUGACUCACAGGAUAGAGCAGUUGCUCGGCAACAAGAACACACAGUACUACAUGAAAAGCAUCACCUGUAUCCAGGCCUUCAGAGAACUGUCUGUAAAGCUCGGAAAGGCCGAUCUGUACAAUAGCUACCUCCAGUUGCUGAAAGGAAGCAUCACAAACAGGGGGCUGGAAGUCUUUUGGGACCUGCUUGUUCAAGGCUCCAUAUCUCUUAUUGGCCAGGACGAGGUGGAAGGAAGCUGUGUGUCCAAAAAUGAAGCUGCCCAGUUUCUGGUGGCUGAUGAGAAAAACGAAGAGCCGGUUGCGACAAUGGCAGAUGAUGCUGACGAUGUUGACGACUUGCUGGACAACAUGUAAGGAAGAAGGCAAUGGGAGCGACUGCAGGAAAAAUGCAAAGUAUUCAUCCUUGGGUCCAUCUCUCCAUUGUUCCGCCUCCCACAUGGAGACCGAUGGGUACUUGGGAGGAAUACUGCACAGAAAGAACAUGACCUUAACCUGACUUGUAAUCUUUUGUUGGGGAUCUUACAAAACACAGCUGGGACUUGACAAACGACAGGAUUCUGAAUGUUUAUUAUCUUAAAUGUGAUUUAUUGUGUGUGUGUGUGUGUGUGUGUGUGUGUGUGUGUGUGUGUGUGUGUGUAUAGCACUUAGGGUUGCUACAGAUAUUGACUGUACAGUGGCAUCGGGAAAUGUGGUAUGUUUGUAUGCCAGACAAAUUAACAGUAGUAGCACCAAAA